AUUUUCAGAAUAUCUUUGCAGGGACGGAGGUGCUUCUGGAGCUUAUCUGCCACCGGCGUCUGAAUAAGCCCUCAUUUCCAAUAUGGUGCUGCCGCUGUCUUUGCUGAGGACUGCACAAAAUCAUCCGAUGCUAAUUGAACUGAAAAAUGGUGAGACAUACAACGGACAUCUCCAAUCAUGCGAUUCAUGGAUGAACAUUCAUCUGAGAGACGUUAUUUUCACUUCCAAGGAUGGUGACAAGUUCUUCAAAAUGCCUGAAGUAUACAUUCGCGGAUCAACGGUGAAGUAUCUUCGAAUACCCGAAACUGUGGUUGAUCUUGUGAAAAAUGAAGUAAGCGAAGUUCGUCGACAGCAAAAAGAUCUCCAAAGAGCUCGCAAACAGCUUGGACAGCGUGGCGGUGGAGCUGCUCGUGGAGGUCGAGGAGGACAUCGCGGUGGUAGAGGAAAGUGAUUUGGUUGUUUUCCUCUUAUCGUAACUGAUUUGAAAUUUACAUUUGUACAGAAUUGUAUGAUUCGGAUUUUUGUUAGAAAUUAAGCGGAGUUUUUGUGGAUUUCAUGCAUAUGGUGUGUUUUCUUUUUUUUUCACUCUUUGGUUCACACAGAUUGAUUUUGAGUUGCUACUGUCGUACUAGUUUUGUUUUGCCUCCUCAUAUAAUAAAGCGUAUCCAGACG